UGGGAGAGCGCGAGAGUUUGAAUUUGAAAUCCCGUCUAGCCUGAGAAGCUGGCUACUUCUGUCUUCAGUCGGUAUUUUUCUUUUAGUUAAUAUAUUCGCAACGAUGGACAUAAAAUAUGAAAUGCUGAAAUCACUGCUUGAUGCUGAUAUUUCUGGUAUGAGACCAGAAGAAUCCAAGCGGUUGAUCGACCAGUUGAGGAAUGCAAUCUCUAACACCAAAGAAGAGCUGCAGACCAUCCGCGAGGAGCGGGAGCGCAUUGACAAGGACAUGGAACGCUGGAUUUUAAACAGCGAUCGACUGAUGCCCAUGGCAGCAAAACACGCUGAAGCCCUGAGAGCGUGGGACACAGAGAGGAAGCGGAAGCUUGCACUCUCCCGACAGGUGGAGGAACCGGAAGUAUCCCUUUCCAGCUCUUGUGCGCCCGCGGAGGACAGUAUGAAGGAGAGGAGGCGAAGGAAAGCCUCUCUGGAGAAGGAGGAGAAGAGGCUGACUGCGCUGUGCAGUCAGAGCAGGCAGUCCCUCGCGGAGGUGCAGUCCCGAUGCCUGGCAGCGGAGGAGGAGCUUCGGCGGCUGCAAGGCCAGGUCGCCAUGGCAGCAUCCGGCCAAUCACAGAAGAGCAAGGAGGAACAGCUGGUGGACGAGUAUGUGGCCAAACUCGACGUCGCUGCCACGGUCCGCUACGCGGGUGUUACCGGCCGCAGCGCACCGCGACGGGGAGGCAGAGAAAAUCAUGCUGCCGUCAGUGCGGACUCCAGCUCCCAGCAAACAAGCUCAAAGCCAAGGAAUAACAGAAAAGCCAGGAAGUAAAGCUUUUCGUGAGGCCUGCAAAAAGUUCAGCGGCAUGUUCUGCUAAGCUGCUCUGUGGCGUGGUGACGUGUGCCGGUUACAAUGCUGAGGGGCGGUACAAAGGAACUCUUACUGUUUACUGUC